GACCACUCGACUUUUUUUCCACUUCUUAGCAGCUCUGAGCAACCCUUUUUCAGUCUCUUCCCAAAUCUUUCCAACGCGCAGACAAUGUGGGCAGCGACGCUCGUGCUCGUUCUGCUGUCCUUCCCCUUUCUGGGAUUGUCGCUGGGAGUGCGUCGCAUCUACAUGGCUGCUCUGCGCAGUCUGCUGCGGUACGUGGAGCGCGUCCACAGCGAAGACGUGGCGUCGUAUCAUCAGCAGCAAGAAGUCACGAACGCCGCCACCCAACAGCAGCAGCAGCAGCAGCAGCAGUCAGCGGACACCACAGCCACAGCCACAGCCACAGCCGCAGGCAUGUCCACCAGCAGCAGCGAGGACGACCCGGCUUCAAAACGACCAGAGCCCUCGCUGCGUCGCUCCAAGAGCUAUCAACUGCUACAAGCUGCACGCGACGAGGCGCCCGCUGCUGCUGCUCCGUCCCGCCCGCGCAGUAGCAGUAACAGUGGCUCCAGCGAUGCAAGCAAUAGUAAUACAAGUAGUGGCGGUCAGGUCUCGGACGAGCUUCCCUUUGGACAGCCAAGCGGCAUGACGCGUUCUCAAUCGUUUGCGACGUUCAAGAAGAACUUUGUGCUGUCCGACAUUUGUGGCUUUGCGUCGGACGCCAUGCAAGCGCUGACGGAUGAUGACGUGACGCGCUGCUUUGCGAAACAAGACCUCGAGUCCUGGAACCUCUUGACCCGCUCGCGCCCAGUGGAACUGGAAGGAGUGCCAAUCUCGCGUCGGCUUCGCGCGUUGUACUAUUGUGGCAUCUUUGUGCGGUACUGCCUCUUCUUCCCAUUCCGUCUCGUCUUUGCAUUGACGGCCGUUGGGUUUUUCAUUGCUUCAUUCUCGCUGAUUGCCUGCAUCCCGCGGUCGGCAUCCUUCCGAAGAACGCUCGAACGCCAUUGUUCGUUCUUCACCGCUCGCAUGUUUGUUCUGUCGUGGUCUGCAAUGGUGCGCUAUCACAAUCCAGAAAAUCGAGCCCCGACAGGCAUUGUGGUGGCCAACCACACCUCCCCCAUCGACUGCAUUGUUUUGGCAAACGAUAAUUGCUACUCGAUGGUCGGACAGCGGCACGGAGGGUUUAUCGGAUUGCUGCAAAAGACGCUUUCCAUCGCUCAGACGCACAUCUGGUUUGACCGCUCCGAAGCGCGGGAUCGCCAAGUGGUUGCACGUCGGUUGCGCGAUCAUGUCGAGGAUCCGUCCAACAACCCGAUUCUCGUCUUCCCUGAAGGCACCUGUGUCAACAACACAUCCGUUAUGAUGUUCAAGAAGGGCUCUUUCGAAGUUGGUGCCACAGUUUACCCCGUCGCCAUCAAGUACCACGCUACAUUUGGCGAGUGCUUCUGGGACUCAAGCAAACAAAAUUUUUUGAUGCACAUCUUGUCGUUGAUGACAACAUGGGCCGUCGUCACCGAUGUCUACUACUUGACUCCGAUGCGGCAAGCACAGAAUGAAGAUAGCAUUGACUUUGCCAAGCGGGUCAAGUUCAAGAUUGCUCAGAAGGGCGGAUUGAAUGAUCUCCAAUGGGACGGCAUGCUGAAGCGAAAAGCACUUGGUCCGCAAUUCAAGAACGAGGUGCAGCGGGAGUUUUCAGCAUUGAUCGCCAUGGGCCUGGAAUAGAGUUGAGCGUUUUGUUUGUGUAUUCAUGCGCUGUACGUGUGUGUAACUUGAUUUUGUAAAAUGAAGAUGGAGA